AUGACGGGGCUAGAACCAUCGGUCAUUGCUGCAUUACCCACCUUCAUCUACAAAAAGCCCGACCCCGACCCCGACCCCCACCCCCAUAUUGACAUUGACACCGGCACCGGCACCGGCACCGGCACCGAAACCACGGAGUGUUCGAUUUGUUUGAGCACUCUUGAAGAAGAGGAAUUGGUUAGGCUUCUACCCAACUGUGUCCACUUGUUCCAUGCUGACUGCAUUGAUAUGUGGCUCAUCUCGCAGUCGACGUGCCCUAUUUGCCGUACUGUGGCUGAUCCUGAUCAACCACCACCACCACCACCACCAGUGCCUGAUCAUGAUGAGCAGGAGGAGCAGGAGCCCCAUGGAACACUACUACUUGAUGACGAUGAUGAUGAUGAUGAGGUAUCCCUUGCAGAUCCAGAUCCAGAUCUAGCAGUGGAACCAUUGAAUUACUCCAUGCAUAUACCACCAAGUAGUUCAGAAGGCGCAUCAUCAUCAUCAUCUGAUGAUGAUGAUCACACUGCACAAUUAGCAUUGAAGAUGGUGGAUGCAUCGAGCUCACGAUCGAGUUCCUUCCAUAAGAUCCUUAGUUGGAACAGAUCAUCAGGGAGGAGAAUUCAGCCCUUUGACCAAUCAGCAGAUGGAGGAGUACUCGAAGAUCUGGAGAGGCAAUAA